GAUAAACACCCCCUUUGGGAGCUGCGUUUAUUUUUUUUCUAAUUGUUACAAAUCAGCAGCGACUGGCAUCACUCAAGCAUCGGAGCAUCCUCGUCCGUCGUCGUUCUCCGCACCAUGCCAGCCGGAGAGACGCGCCCGGUGCCAUGCUGAACCACCCCGCCGCCCUGCUGCUGGCUGUGGGCGCGCUGGCCGCGCUCCCCCCGCCGUGCCGGGGCUGGAGCGAUGAGGACCUCCUCCUGCCGCCCGUCAACUCCUCCAACAGGUUCCUGGCGAACCUGGAGGUGGACGUGCGCUUCUCCAAGCGGUCCGUGGAGGAGAGCGAGGCGUCGGCCGACGCGUCCCCCCUGCAGAGCCUGUCCCAGUGCAACGUGAGCGUGCAGCGGCUGCUGCCCACCUCGCUGGUCGCGCGCUGGGACAGCAGCUUCGGCUUCCAGUGCGACGUGCUCAUCUACACCACCAACAACCACGGCAGGGCUUUCUUCUCCGCGUCCUUUAACCGGGCGAUCUCCCCGGUCGUCAUCGAGCACCUGGGGGUCACCGGGGGUCAGCAGGAGCUGCGGCUGUGCGUGGGCUGCGGGAUGUCCCGCUACCGGAGGUUCGGCCAGGGCCGGGCCAGGGGCCAGCAGGCCGGGGACCAGGUCACUUUCUGCUGCGUGGAUUUCAGCCUGGACGAGCUGAAGGGGGACAAAAGUUGGAGGCUGAACAGGAAGCCCAUCGAGUCGACCCUCGUGGCUUGCUUCAUGACUCUGGUCAUCAUCGUGUGGAGCGUUGCUGCUCUCAUAUGGCCGGUGCCCAUCAUUGCAGGGUUCCUGCCCAACGGCAUGGAGCAGAGGAGACCGAGAUAACUGAAAUAAUCAACCUAAUAAUUAUAGCCUGUGCUGCCUAUACUAUAAUUGUAGCCAUUCAACUGUUCUCAUGAAUGAUUGUGGAGGUUUUGGGGAAACUUUUUGAUCAAAUGACUCAGUUUUGGAUGUUCUUUGACUCUUAGACCUCCUCUUCUUUAGGACAACCAAGGUAAAGUAUGAAGGAUUAUUAUCAUCAUACUAGCCAAUAGUACUCUAUAUUCUGGGACCAACACCAAUGUGUUUUGUAUACCCUUGUAGGCCUUCCUAUUAGUAAGCGUAGACUGUGCAAACCUUUCUCUUUAAAACAGUGUUUGUAUAGUUUUUAAUCUUUCUAGAAAGUCUCUUGCCUUAUCUCAUGUGUAGGACUUUUGCACUGACAGCUGGACUUUAAGGUGUGCCGUCUCAUAUAUAGUCAUGCUCUGCAGAGGUACAUGUAAUAGUUUUUUUCCAAUUAUUUCUGAACAAUAGAUGUUGUUUUUUGACUGAAAUUGAGCAAGUUUCAAUACUUAUAUUGUUAGAUUUCUAUUGUCAAGCUCAAUAUAUGUGUUUAUUUGUAAUCAUGUUUUGACGGUUUCAAUGAAAAUAAAACUGACUAGACU